GGCUAUAGUGGCUUGUCAUCUAAUGCACAUGCGUAGAAGCCUCUCGUGCGGGCAGAUGGAUUUUUCGAUCUACUACCAGACCCCCACUCAUGCGACUAGUAGCUGGAGCGGUUAAUUUUCAAGCAAGAAUAUAGGAGCAGGAACUCUGGCAAGAGUAUAGAAAACGUAUGGGUAUAUAGUAUUCCGACGGGUGCUUGCCCGCUCAGUACCGACUAUCUGGGUGACUGGUUUCACAGGAACAACGGGAAGAUAAAAAGAAGAUAUCAGUAUGGUUGAAAACUCACCAGCACCAUUGCCUGAAAGAGCUAUAUAUGGAUUUGUUCUUUACUUAGGCUCCCAGUUUGUCUUUAUUCUGUACCUUGUUUGGGCCUAUGUACCUGAAUCCUGGCUAUUCUCAUUGGGGUUAACAUACUGGCCUCAAAAGUUCUGGGCUGUUGCUUUGCCUGUGUACCUUUUAGUUAGUGUGGGAAUAGUCUAUGUGCUUCUGUUUGGAAUUAAUAUGAUGAGUACUGCUCCACUGAAUUCCACACACACAAUUACAGACCACUAUGCAAGAAAUCAGAAACAGAAGAAACAAGAAGAAGAAGCUAUCCCUGCACUAAGGGAUAUUCCCAUUAGUGAUGUAAACAAAAUGUUUUUCCUGCCUUGCAAAGCAAUUUGCAAUCGAAAAUGAUUUAAGGAAAUACUAUUAAAAAUGAAGGGGGAGGAUCUAUAUUCCUGAAUUCCAAACUCUGAUGGUGAUGUGCUAAAUUAUUUUAUUUUAGUAAGAGGACAUAUAUGUAAAUAGCAAAAUGUGAGCUCAGAAACAGAAGCACCUCUUUCACAGCAUAAUAUAACACAAACCAGGUACUGUUCAUUCUCUGUCCAUGCUGGUCUUCUGCAUGUAUAUACUGUGGUCAAAAUUAAGGCAGUAUCAUCUGUACUCCAGUCAGAAUCUGUGCAUUCUCCCAUACAAUAUCAUACCAUUUCUUUAGGAUCUAGGCCCUGCAGUUCCACUGGAAUUCAGAACAGUUCUGUAUAAUUCUGUGUGGAGUUCAUUGAGCCAGUUUGGUGUAGUGGUUAAGUGCAUGGACUCUAAUCUGGGAGAACCGGGUUUGA